UUCUCAUUUCGCUCUCUUGGCCUUGGUUUUCCUCGCCACUGCCGUCCUCCUUUAUCUUUCGCGCUCUGUGCUGCUUUCCACUUAUCCGACUUCCUGCAUCCUUUAGAUCUCGCUCUCCUCGGAGCAAAGCGAUAAAACAGAACCAAAUCCCACAUGUGCUGCUCCGGGCCUCAACCUGCAGCCCGAGGAUGUGACUGACGUCUCUGUUACAUCCCUGCUUGUACUCCAGUACGGGUCAGAGGAUGACCUCUGACCCGCCAGGCGCUCCCUCUCCCGGUCUGAUCUGCCUGAUGGAUGGCGCUCUGUCCGUGCUUGUUCUGGGACUUUUCACUUCUUUCUUCAUUUGUCAAAUGCAUGAACUGCACCAGCUUCAACGACAUGAGCAGCAGAAUAAACGCCGUCGAAUCAAAGAUCAAACUGUUGGAGAAGGGUCGAUCAUUUCCUGAGGUCAGAUUACCAGACGGCUCAACAGGAAAUGAGGUGGACACGCGUCGAGCCACUCCGCCGCCGUACCUGCCACCAGUGCCAGGAGCCAGAGGGCCCCCAGGACCGGCUGGACCUCCGGGGCCGGCUGGACUACCGGGGACUCCAGGUCCUCCUGGAAGAACCGGGGAUCGAGGAGCUCCCGGGCAAAAGGGGGACAGAGGUUAUCCAGGAGAGAGUGGCCGCCCCGGGCCUCCAGGUCUUCCUGGACCUCCAGGUCCAUCCGGGUCAGGUUCUUUUCCUCUACCCAUUCGGGGAGACGUUUUCCAUGUAGAGGAGGACCUGAACCGUCCGGGUCUCGCUGCGCCUCGGAUCGAAGUCGGCCCUCCCGGUCCCACUGGUCCCCUCGGCCCCCCGGGUUCCCCUGGAGAACGAGGACCCGCAGGGACACCUGGUCUCCCAGGACGGGACGGUAGGGAGGGUGUUCCAGGCAGACAUGGCAGUCCCGGCCCGAAAGGAGAUCCAGGGGAAAGGGGGGCGCCAGGUGCCAAAGGAGAGCAGGGCCUACCUGGAACACCGGGGCCAAAAGGAGAGCCAGGAGUGAGCUUGAACGAGGGUGAAGCCGUGCAGCAGCUCCGAGAGGCCCUGAAGAUCCUGGCCGAGCGGGUUCUGAUCCUGGAGCACAUGAUUGGGAUUCACGAGAACUCUGAAGGAUCUGGAUUCAGCAGCGUUUUAGACACGCUGGGUUUCUCCAGCCUGAAGACAAAGCGUCGCCAAGCCGGUCAAGCCCUCCAUCAGCCCACGGGCGUCAACGGGCAGCAGAAACGGGUCCCUCUUUAACGUUAUUGCAUCAUUUUGCAUUUGUGUGAAUAAUUGUACGGGGAAUAUCAGCUUUUUUUUUUUUUUAUAACUGGACAUACGUAGCUGUUCUUUGUAUCUGUAUUUGCCAGAUUUAUAGUUGUUUUUCUUCGACAUGAAUAAGUCCUGCUAUUAAAAGUUCUUUGUAGAAGAGAGAUGUUGAACAUCGCCUCUCCACCAAAUGAUUUAUUGUCCUUUAUCACCCGGCCGCUGCUGCUGCCUUACACAGACGUAUGUCAUAAAUUACGGUGGAGGUUCUGGCAUCCUUCCUUCAUCAGAUAAGUUAGAUAAGUACAUUUAUCUCUUUUCCUGAGGCUUAGGUUGCAGGCCUUUGCAUUCUUCAACAAAGUGAAAAAAAAAAACACAACAAGUUUGUACCGAUCUAAAAAUCUUUGAUUUCCAUCGUCUCUUUUGUGUUUUAGUUUGUGUUAAUGCUGUCAGGGGGAAAGGCUUCCAAGAACACCAGCGUGACAUAAACCGGAGCAAACAUCUGGAAGUCAGAGGAAAGAGAUCCCGAAUCUGGGGCCAAGCCCCCCCCUCACUCGGCCCCCGAUGCACCUGGAAGCUGAUGGAGCUGCAAACUUGACAGGGUUACAUCGACUUGUUU